CUUGGAAAUAGCUCACUUUUCAAAAUUCUCACAGCUUGUGCAGCCUCACAAAGAACCAAUCUUCAUGGCCUUGAUAAUAUAGCAGCUGAAGGUGUUGAAGCUUUUCAAUCACUUCAUGAAUUUGUCAACAAUUUGAAAAAAAAAUCUUUUAUUUCUUCCGAUAUUCACACUGAAUUGACCACAACUUUAACCGCAUCCCGUAUUUAUCUUAAGACCGACUUUAAACUUCAUAUCAACCAAUCAAAUAUGUGUGCAGAUCACUGUAUAAACUGGAGUUUAAGUGAUCCAAAGGAUGUACAUUUUCAAAACACUUGUGAUCACAUUCAUUGCUUGCAAUGUGAUAGAUGUCAACUAUUGAAAGAUGUUCAUCUUAAAUUGUGCAACAUUGUUGAUACCAUGAAUGAUGGAGAUGACAAAGAAGAAUUUUCAAAAGUGAUCGAAGAUGCAAUGAUGGUGAUAUUUGAUUGGAAAUCACACAUUGUAAGAACUGUCAACCAAGACCAAUUUAGAUUGGAUACCAUAGAACAUCUUGAAACAGAUAAAGCUUUACUGGUUAUGGAUUGGGCCAUGAAAUUUUUACCCUUGAAAUAUCGUGAGAAACAAACUGACUGGUUUGGUCAAAGAGGGAAGAACUGGCAUGUGAUUGUUUGUAUAUACAGAGAAAAAGAUGGAUCAAUUAAUCAUAGAACUUUCACCCAUGUUUUAGAAUCUGUGAAACAGGAUUGGUUUUGUGUGGCUUCACUUCUUGAAAAUGUUAUAAUGACCAUCAAAGAUCAACUCCCUCAAACUAAGAAGUUAGUUCUGCGAUCAGAUAAUGCAGCAUGCUACCACUGUGGACAUAUCUGGUUAUGCUUACAAGAAAUAAGUAAAAGAACAGGGAUCAAUAUUCAGGGAUAUUGCUAUUCUGAGGCCCAAGCAGGAAAGUCAUAUUGUGAUUCAAAGAUAGCACAUAUGCGCACAAAGAUGAAAAGUUGGGUUGCAAGUGGAAAAAACAUCGUAACAGCAGCUGAUAUGAAAACUGCACUUGACUCUGGAACAGGUGUUGCUGGAUGUCAAGUCUCUGAAUGUGUAAUAGACACCUCAAAACACAAACUGAUAACACACAAGUUGAAAGGAAUAAAUGAUUUUAAUGAGUUGCAAGUUGAAGAAGAUGGUAUACUACUAAGGAAAGCCUACAACAUCGGCAAAGGAAAAUUUAUUCCUAAUGCAUCCUUAGACCAAAUGGGUUUUGGUAAACAGCAGGAAAAUGAAUCAGGAUGUGUGGUAAUAUCAGGAUUCGAUUUACCUGUUAAUAUAACUGGAAAAAUCAAAACACAUAAAACAGUUCCUACAGUUAAUCUCCUUGAAGGACCAGAAACAGAAAUAGAAAAUGAUGAAGACUUAUCAAGAUUAUCCUCUUGUCAUUCAGAAAGUUCUGAUCAAAUGCUGUUCUAUUGCACAGUAGUUGGCUGUGUCAAAAGAUUUGCUACCUUAAAUGGACUUGAAAACCAUCUACUGAUAGGAAAGCAUUUUUUACAAUUGCAACGGGAAACAACCUAUGAUAAAAUCAGACACCAGUGGGCACAGUUGUGCAAUGAAGUGGUCUUUACAACCAAAAAUAAAUCAACAUUAACAGAUGGGACUGAAAAAGAAUUUUCCACAAGUAAUAUGGGAUGGGCUUUAAAGAAAGGCAGGAGAAUAUCAAGAUUUCCUGAAUCUGUUAAAAACUUUCUAUUGGCCAAAUUUGAAGAAGGAAAUAGAACAGGAAAAAAGUGUAACCCAACCUCUGUUGCAGAAGAAAUGAAAAAGAUGAAAAACUCAAAUGGGGAAAAAAUGUUUCCAAUUAAUCAUUGGCUUAAUGCCAGUCAGAUAACCUCUUACUUUUCAAGGUUAUGUAGUAAAGGAACCCCUAAUCCUUUAGUGAAGACUGAACUUGAUGAUGAAGAUCUUCUUGCAGCUCUAAUUGCCAUUGAUGAGGAAACUGUUAUCGCUAAUAUUCAAUAACUAUUUACUCUUUUAUUAUUCUAUACCUGUUAUUGUUGUUUGGCUACAUGUACAGUGUCAUAUAAUUUUGAAUAAUGGGUAACAUUUAAAUUUUUAGUCUAACUAAUAUACAAUUUUGGCAUAAAUUUUAUAAAUAUUUAAAAAACAUAUCCAUUUGUACCAAGAACUAGGAUUUUUUUGUAUGGUGCAAAAUUUCUUUUAACAGUAAUUAUUACUUAUAAGUGAUAUCUAAAAAAAAAAUAAAAAAACACAUCUUAAGCUUAUUUUAGCAGAUUAUUUUUUUUUGUGUGCAUGUCUUAUAAGUCAUCAUAUUGUGUAUUGGUUAAGCAAUUUACUUAUUCAUGUUAUUAAAACCGGUUUUGGAUCAAGAAAAUUUGUGGAGAAGCUGAAUGACAUUUAGUGUCUUUUAGGAUGUACUUGAAUAAGGUCUAGGAAUUAGUGUCAGAUGUCAAAUAUUUUGCCCCACAACACCUAUUUUUCUUUUCAAAUAAGAUUUCAAUAGCUCAUUAAACAUGUUAAAUGUCAGUUACCAAAAUAUGGUGGACUUCGGCUGUUGUGUAUUCUUUGGUCGGAUUGUUGUCUCUUUGACACAUUCCUAAUCCCAGUCCGCCUUUCCAGCAAUUUUUAAAAAUCCAAAUAUUUUGAAAAGGAGCUCCAUAACCCAUUAAUAUUUUUGCUUAUUUUGUUUCUUAACUAAUACUUUCCCGAACGAAUAGUAUCAAUUUUAAAUUCUUGAUUUUUUUUAAUUUCACCAAAGUACAUCCUUAAUGGCUUGAAAAACUUUAAAACAUAUUAAAAAGUUUGGGCUAAAUUACAAUCAAAUUGUCCUUCAAU